AUGGCACAUGCAGACCACACGCGAGAUCCAUGUCCGUGGGUGAUCCUUUCUGACUUCGGGAGUGCGUUCUCAAUGGGCGCCAUUGGCGGUACAAUCUGGCAUGGCAUCAAGGGUGCACGCAACUCUCCAAGGGGUGAUCGCUUUGUUGGAGCGCUGUCUGUCAUUAAAGCCCGAGCUCCUGUCACUGGCGGUAACUUCGGUGUCUGGGGUGGUAUGUUCUCUACAUUUGACUGUGCUGUCAAGGGGUGGCGACAAAAGGAGGACAUGUGGAAUGCUAUCAUUUCUGGGUUCUUAACCGGUGGAUGUCUGGCUGCGAGAAGUGGACCCCGUUCAGCACUCAGUUCUGCCAUCGCAUGUGGUAUUCUACUCAGUGUCUUCGAAGGCGUAGGCGUCCUCUUCUCCCGCGUAUUGAAUGAGGGCACGCGGCCUCAGCUCCCUCCGAUGCCGGAGUCGAUGCAACCACAGUCAUCAUGA